UCAUUUUCAACCCACCCAGCCAAUCAGUCGUUCCGCGACAGCAAAGCACUACGCAAGCAUUCGCAGCCGACAGCGACAACGGGUUCGUCGCCAGUGCGCCGUGUGAAGUCUUUUUGAAGUGAAGUCUUUUCCGAUCGAAAGAAGUUACUCCAAAGUGGUUUGCAUCAAGUGUGAUAAAAGUUAAUAUAUUUUAAAAGGAAAAAGAACUGCUUUUAGAGUUUUAUAUGGGCGUCCAUCAGGAAAGCAUAACGAUAACGCAGCCAACAACGUUUAUGGGCUCAUAUUUUGCGUGCCCUCGGUGAUUAACGAUAAAGAAAGGUGGAAGGAAGUGUACUGCGCUCAGUGCCAUUGCAUUGCUCAAGUCAUCCCUCGCCGGGAGGAGAGUCACGCCGAGACAAAAGUGGAAGUGAACAAACAGAAAAAGAGCCAACAUUAUAGCAUAAAUAUUAAUACACAAAACGCGACGGCUGCACGACACAGCCUCUUCAGGCCCCUUGAAAAUCGAAGUAUAAAAAGAUCGUGAAAAGUGAGAAUCCAAAAGAUUAAACUGUCUGCCGAAAAGCCCUGGCCACGAACGACAAUCGAUCGGCAUCGAUCCCGACUCCAGAAGGGGCAAAGCAACAGCGCUGUGUGUGUCGAGUUCGAAAAGUCGCAAAGACGACGGCCGAAGAAAAAGAAGCUUAUUAAUAUAUUAAUUUCGUUUUGAUUGAUAUGUUGUGUGUUGAAUGAAAACAUAAAAACGUGAAAGAAAGCAAAAGCCCCAGCAAACGAGCGAAAAGGGUAGGAGGACAGUGUUGUGUAGUGGCGGUGCUUGUUCAGAGUGUGUGUCCUCCAGUCAGUCGCAAGAUCGAUUCGGAUUGAACUCGGGGCAGGUUGCCGCGAGGAGAACUUUUGCGUGGUGUCCAAAAAUAAAAGACCGUGUGAGUGAGCUUCCCGCUUGGAGUUGGUGCCGGCUGACGGAGCUGCCUUCCGGGAUUCAUACAAUUCAACUUCGGGCAACGGCUCACAAACCUCUUCAACAGCAUCCCAUCGUCAUCGUCGUCGUCACCGUCUUCAUUAGCAGGGCAUCAUCAUCAUCGGCCUCGUCCCCGUCGUCGUAAAGUAGCAACCAGUGGCGGCAACCGGCAUCAUGAGUGUUCAGCGAUACAAAUUAAUAUUUAUACUGAUAUUUUUCAUCCACACAUCAACUGAUGCCGCCGCUGAAGCGAGUGCCGCUGGGGAUCUUCACGCCACAGCUGCCGUUUAUCACCACCAGCCACAACAGCACUUCCAGCAGCAGCAACAGCAGCAGCGACAGGGUGGCCGCAGUGGACCGUCCAACUUGGGAGCAGAUAACAAAGGUCGAACACUUUUCUCGCCACGCCUCGAAUACAACGAGUGGCAUCCAGUCGGACGUGGAGACCCCUUGAAAAAUGACCCAACCUACGACUACAGCCCUCCCGUGCUGGAACGUGUCCGCUACUGGCCAGAAAACAAAGCCAACAAGGACAAGACAAGUGACAUCCUACUUCUCGGAGUGCCAUCAAAGAAAGCAAGUGCCAAGGUCGAACACCAGUGGACCAACAAUGGUCCGAUUCGACGCAACUACUAUCACCAGCAGAUCAACGAGUUACCUACAGUUUUGAUGCCGCCCCCUCUGAACAAUCAUCUUCAACCCGAAGAGCAAUACCUGUGGACUCAGGCUACCACUCACCAGUCACAGCGGUACGAAACUCCAGCUGAAGGAUUCCGGUACAGGCCAGGACCACCAGCACAUCCUAGUCAAAGCUUCGCCAGCCAGUACUCAGGUCAAAAAUACAACGAGCUACCUGUGCACCAUGCUACUCCAUAUCAACAGCAGCUGCAAGCUCACCCCAGUCAACAGUAUACGACAACAAUUCGUCUGUCGACUCCCAACGAGUUCAGCUCCAAAAAGCCCAUUCUCCACACAAUCCUUCAAAACGAAAAAGCCAUCCCCUUCACCAAGUCAACUAAGAGUGGUGGCAUCACGGAGUACUCAUCAAACUUCUACAACCCUCAGAACAUAAAUGCGAUGGCUACCACAAUAAUUCAUCCACCACAAACCACUGAAUACCUAAUAACAGAAUCAUCCCAAACAAUCCCACCAGUCAGCACGGACAUCAAGGCACCUCACGUAACACCAGCUGCAUUUGUACCAGCAAUGACCUCCUCAACGACGACUACAACUCCGCCACCAGUCCAACCGACUCCUGCAGAUCCCUUUCUAGCUCAUCUACAACAAGCUCAACCGAAAGCCCCUCUCUACCUUAUCAUCGAAGGCCACUCCAAGGUUAAAACGUACGGCCUCAACAACAACGACACCCUGAUGCAGCUACCCAAAAUGGUCCCCGUAGUGGGUUCAGGCGAUCCCAUAAUCCGGCAUGUCGUUAACCGAGAUGAAACUGGCGAUGUUCUCAGUAUUCCUCGCAUUACGAUGAACCCGGUAAUGACAUCAACGAUGUCUCCGGAGGCCAUGUCCUCAUCCGAAGAAACCAGUGAAGAGAAAUCAGCCGUCAAUUCGUUGCUUAGUCUGCUGGGUUCGUCGUUUGGGGAUUACUUCUCGGACAAGGACGCCAAUGGGAACUCGAUUGAUAGUGCCGAAACCGGCGAUAAGGACUCCAAAUCGAGAAGAAAUGCGCGUAGUGUGGAUGACAAGCAACAGUUGUAUGUGAUGGGCACGUUUCAAGUGGGAGAUGAGGGAAGUAAAGAAGUGUCCGGAGAUUACAGCCCUUAUCGGAGAGGUUCGGUUUUUGAUGAAAGUGCCAGUUUCAACCAGGAAGCUUUCGCGUAUUGAGGAAUAGAGAAGCGGAAAUACGAAGAAUUUCAGUUCAAAAUUUAUGUUCCAAAACAAAAUGUUAAAUAAUUUGUUGCUGUUAAGUUUUCGAAAUUUACAUUUCUGUUGAAACAAGAACGCCACUGUUAUUUCGUGGUGUGAUGAUCGAUUUUCAUGUCCCCAUUUGUACAUAGACAAUACUAGGAUGUAGGUUUAGUUGCUACAAGCGUAGCAGAGUAAGAACAUGCAUAGAUGCAUGUUUCCUUCCAAAUCAUUGCGGAAAAUUUCUAUGAUUCUCGGAGCCAUUUUUGUAAGAAAAAUGAAGCAGGAUGAGAUAAUAUGAUGAUUGGAAAUAAGUGAAA